AUGCAUAGGACGAUUCCUAUCGAGAAUGGGCAGCAAGUGAGUGUUGUGGCUGCGAGUUCGAUAUCAAUUUCGAUUGCGGUUAUUGCCGUGGGCUUGAGGCUUGUGGCUAAGAGGAUACGGAAUAGGGUUGAUUGGAGCGAUUGGUGUAUCGUUAUUGCUUGUCUGUGGAAUGCGGCUUUGCACGGGACUUGCAUUUCGCUGGUUACAUAUGGCGGGUUUGGAUUCCAUAUUGCGGAAAUCAUGCAGCGGUUUGGACCGGAGACGACUACGUACUUCUUCAAGGGUAUCAUGGCCUUCUCCAUGCUCUGGAACGCAACCGUAUGCUUUAGUAAACUCUCUGUCUUACUCAUGUACUCGGCCUUAAUUCCCACACCCACCAUGAUGCGAAUGAGCAUCGCGUUCGGCGCCUUCAUCGUAGUGUGGUGCUCCGCAAACAUCAUGGCCGCAUUUCUCAUCUGCCGCCCACUGGCGCGAAACUGGGACUUUACCGUACCUGGAACAUGCGGAAGUCAACCGGAUUUCUACUUCACAAUGGGCAUCGUGAAUCUCAUCACCGACGCCGUCCUCAUCGGAAUGCCCAUGCCAUAUCUCUACAAACUCGUCAUGCCAAUGCGCAAAAAACUCCUCGCCAUGGGUCUCCUCAGCAUCGGAAUAGGCACAUGGGCCAUAACCAUUUACCGCCAAACACUCCUCCCAGGCCUCGACUUCGCAGACAUGACCCACUCCGGCGUCCUCGCCACACUCCUCUCAGGCCUCGAACCCGCCGUCGCCAUCGUCCUCGCCUGCGUGCCUCUGCUCCGCCCUCUCUUCGGCAAACCACGCCAGAACCUCGACUCCGGGUACCAAUACGGCAGCAAAAGCGGCAAGCAAAUCAGCUUCAUGUCGAAAAGAGGGGGAGGCGCAUCGCGAGGCUUGGAUCCAACAGCCACGUUUUCCGAACUGGUAGAUCAGACGAAUAAUUCGUCGCAGAUUGAGCUUAGGCCGGUAGAGGGGAUACAGAGGGUUUGUAUUUCGUCGGAUGAGGAGAGGGGGAAGAUGAUGCAAAAGGGGGGUGUGUCGUCGAGGACGAUUAGUGUGGAGAGGAUGUGGGAGGUUAGGAGUCACUGA